CCACAGUCUUACCUUCCUACACGCUUGUCCACCCACCAGCCAUGUUCAAGCUCACGCUCACAAACCGUCAACUCUUGCUUGUGGUCGGGGUUGCCUUCCAUUGCUUCUAUCUCUGGUCGAUCUUUGACAUUUACUUUGUGCUGCCAUUGGUCCAUGGGAUGCAAAACCACCAGGCCACCGACACUCCGCCGGCCAAAAGACUCUUUUUAAUCGUUGGAGACGGGCUCAGAGCCGACAAGACGUUCCAGGAGUUGGUCCACCCGACGCUGGGCCGGGCCGAGUACUUGGCGCCAUACUUGCGCUCUCUUGUUGAAACCGAAGCCACCUGGGGGAUCUCCAACACUCGGAUGCCCACUGAAUCACGUCCAGGACAUGUAGCCAUGAUUGCCGGGUUCUAUGAAGACGUGUCUGCCGUGACUAAAGGCUGGAAGGAAAACCCCGUCGAUUUUGACUCCUUCUUCAACCAAUCAACCCACACGUAUUCCUUUGGUCUGCCAGAUAUCUUGCCCAUGUUUGCCUAUGGAGACAACGUUGUCCCUGGACGUAUAGACGCCUGUAUGUACGGCCAUGAGUUUGAAGACUUUACUCAAUCAUCGAUUGAAUUGGACUCAUUUGUGUUCAAUCAUUUCAAUGCAUUGAUGGAGAAUCUGACCACCAAUGAGACCCUUCUGGCUGAACUUCGUCAACAAGGGAAUGUGUUUUUCUUACACUUACUUGGUCCAGACACCGCUGGUCAUGCCUACAGACCGUACCUGGCCGAAUAUUACGAUAACAUCAAGUACAUUGAUCGUGAGUUGGAAAAGCUUAUCCCUCAAAUCCAUGAAUUCUUUGGUGAUGAAGACUCGGCAUUUGUGUUUACCGCUGACCAUGGGAUGAGUGACUUUGGAUCCCAUGGAGAUGGACAUCCAGACAAUACAAGAACUCCUCUCAUUGCCUGGGGUGCAGGGAUCAAUAAGCCGAAAAAGAUCAAGGAUUCAGUGGAUCCAGCCUUACAACUCUCUUUACAAAGUACAGAAAAUUGUGGUUAUGAACUGACUUAUUUCGAUACUUGGGGGUUUGAUCAUUUGGUCCGUAAUGAUGUCAAACAGGCAGAUAUUGCUCCACUCAUGGCAUACUUGAUUGGUGCUAAUUAUCCUGCAAAUUCCGUUGGAGAACUCCCCUUGGCGUAUCUUGACGCAGAACCUUUAGCCAAGGCCAGGGCUCUUUAUUCCAAUGCUAUGGGUAUUGUAGAACAAUAUCGUGUGAAGGAAGCUGAAGUAUUCAACCAUCAAUUCAAUUUCAAGCCUUAUAAUCCAUUUGCUGAAAAACCAGUUGAACAAUAUCAACAAGAAAUCGAAGAAUUACUCUCCUCGGCCACUUUUGAAGAUGGUCCAACGUACUACCUUGCGGUAGAACUUCUGGAAGAACUCAUGAAGACUGCCCUUGAUGGGUUGAAUUACCUCCAAACUUACAAUUGGUUGCUUCUUCGUUCGAUUGUUACCUUGGGAUUCUUUGGUUGGAUUGUUUAUUCUUUUACAAUUUUUGUAAAGAUCUUUCUCACCUCCUCGUCUGAGGAGGAGAAGGAGAAGAGCUCUAACUCCCAGCUUUCUCCACUCUCUCCAUUUUCCCUCCUUUCUUCCACAUUCAUUACCCUUUCAGCCAUCAUCACAUACAUUCUCCAUUACCAGAACUCCCCAUUCAAUUACUACAUGUACGCGGCCUUCCCGCUCUUUUUCUGGUACAACAUCAUCAAGGACCGAACCAUCCUCACCACUGGGUUACUGGACUUCUUUUAUGGUAUCAGUAACCCAACCAGACUCUUUGUCCUUGUCAGUUUUGUGUCCAUGUACGAAGGGAUCGUUUAUGGAUUCUUUGAACGAUUCAUGUUCUCUGUCAUCUUUGUUCUCAUUGGGUUGUAUCCAGCCAUUGUUAAUGAUACUGAAGGAGUCAUCACCACAAUCCAGAAAUUAUCAUGGUUCGUCAGUUGUUGCAGUAUGUGUAUAUUCACCAACUUGGACCCAGUGAAAGUUGAAGAUUUGAUCCAAAUCAAUGCUGGGGCCGUACUAGCAACUAUAGUUGGAGCCUGGGGCAUCUAUGCCUUGGAUAAAAAAAUCACCACCAAGACCCAUUUCACCAUUUUGUUUGCUCAAAUAGGUUCUAUUCUUAUUAUGACCUAUGCCACCAACGUCUCGGUGAUUUCCCUUCAAGCUAGAACAGGGUUACCCUUACAUUCCCAAAUCCUUGGUUGGACUGUGUUUGUGGUGUCACUCGUGGUUCUCCCAAUGUGUCACACUUUGGACCCUUCAAAAGAUUACAAGCUUCGUAUUUUGAUCAUUUAUUUGACAUUUGUCCCCACCUUUGUCAUUUUAACCAUUUCUUUCGAACUCUUGUUCUAUGUUGGUUAUUCUCUUGUUCUUCUUCAAUGGCUUGCCAUUGAACAAAAAUUGAAAUUCCCAGCCUCCAAAAUCUUACAUCAACACCCUCCACGUGGAUAUUGGCUUCAAGUAAUUAGAAUCACCAUCAUUGGUUUCUUCUUCUUACAAUUUGCCUUUUUCGGUACCGGGAACGUUUCCUCGAUCUCCUCCUUCUCCCUCGACUCGGUGUAUCGUCUUGUGCCCAUUUUCGAUCCAUUUGCCAUGGGUGCUCUUCUCAUGCUCAAGCUCAUCAUUCCGUAUGUUCUUCUUCUGACAUGUCUUGGAAUCAUGAACUACCAGCUUGAUAUCAAGAAGUUUACCAUUCUGACCUUGAUCAUCCUGACCAGUGACAUUCUUUCCCUUAAUUUCUUCUUCUUGGUGAGAACUGAAGGUUCUUGGUUGGACAUUGGUGUCAGUAUUUCCAACUAUUGUCUUGCCAUUCUCUCGUCUCUCUUUAUGCUUCUCUUGGAAAUCGUUAGUUCUGUCCUUCUACAAGGGGUAGAGAUCCACCAUUUGCGCAAGGAGGUCGAUGGCAUUGAACUUGAUGAGUCCAUGUUGAAAGAAGAUGACCCCAUUCUGACAAGAGUUAGAAGAAGACAUCCAGUAAAGUCCGUUGAGUAGGUCAACUCAUCAGUUUAGAACGUAUAUAUGAAAAAGAAAAUAGAACCAUUCGAAUUUA